AUGGGCGGCCUCGAUACAGAGCACCUUGAGACCAAGACCGAGAUCCACGAUCUUGCAAUCCAUCGUCAACAUGAACAAGAAGCAUUGGCAGAGCAGUUGGCGGGCGAAGACAAGAAGAUCAAGCGCAUUGUGCGCAAGCUUGACUUGCGGUUGGUCUUGACUCUCGCUAUUCUCUAUGUGUGGGCUUUUAUCGACCGAGGAAAUCUGGCCAAUGCUAACAUCGCUGGCAUGGGUGCGGAUCUUGGUCUUGUUGGCAACAACCGUUAUUCUAUCCUCGCAAUGAUAUUUUUUGUCGGCUAUAUCCUCAUCGAUGCACCGGCCACAUUCAUUGUUCGAAAGAUUGGCGCAGUCGUCUGGAUCCCAACAAUUGUCGUCUUAUGGGGAAUUAUCACCAUCGGUCAAGGCUUCUGCCAUAGCUGGGGUGCGCUCCUAGCCUGCCGUGUUCUUCUUGGAUUUCUGGAAGGAGGGCUCAUCCCAGCGGCAAUGUUUCUGAUCAGCGUCUGGUAUACUCGAUAUGAAGCCCACACCAGGUUUGGAAUCGCUUCCACUGGCGUUUCAGGCCUGCUGGCAUAUGGCAUCGAGAACAUGGAUGGUGAUGCUGGACUGGAGGGGUGGCGUUGGAUCUUCAUUAUCGAGGGAAUUGCCACUUGUUUCUGUGGUAUUGCUUCCUAUUUCUUGCUAGUCGACCUUCCAGAGAGAGGUGAGUGUCUUUUCGGUCUCCUUCCACCUUUCCUCACGGCUGCCGAAGCCUCACUGAUCCAUGCUCGGAUCGAACGAGAUAGAGGUGACAGUACACCAGAGAAAUUGACCGUGAAGAAGAUGCUUGCUUGUGCAAAAGAUUGGAAAGUCUGGGAGUUUUCAUCCUAUGUGCUCUUCAACAAUACCGCCCUGUACGCAUUCGCAUAUUUCCUGCCAGUCAUCUUGCAGAAGAGUCUUCACUACUCUACAUCGAAAGCUCAGCUCUUCACCUUUCCACCAUAUGCUGUUGCAGUUCCGUGGAUUCUCUUCUGUGCCUGGAUUUGCGACAGGCUCAAGGUCCGUGGUCCAAUGUUGGUCUUCAAUUCGAUGCUGUACAUCAUUGGCGUGUUGAUUACCGCAUACUGUAAAAGCCCCCAUGCGAGAUAUGGAGGUGUCUUCAUCGGCGUGAUGGGGAUUACAGCCAAUAUACCGACCAACUGGGCAUAUCAGCAGAACAAUGUUGUUGGACAGCCAAAACGUGCUCUGUGUGCAGCCAUGAUGACGACCGGUGGAGGUAUCGGAGGUAUCAUUGCAGGCAACAUCUUUCAAGCCAAAGAUGCGCCCGGUUACAGGCCUGCAUUGAUCAUCUGCGUUGCGUUCCAGGCUUUCAACAUUCUUUUGGUGGUCAAGAACUUUGUCUAUUUCCGAUGGGCCAAUAGAAAAGCGGAUCGUGAGGAACUGAUCAUUGAAGGAACGCCAGACUUCAGGUACACCUACUGA